UCGGAUUGGUGAGUCGGAAUAAUUCCCGGCCGGAUUGCUUCUCUAAUUUAUAUAAACUUUGAUUAGCCGGAAUGAUUCCGGGUACAAUCCGACGCAAACGAAAGUCCUGAACCAGCCGCGAAUCGCGAGUCGAGACUCGCGAGGCGCGCGCGCCUGCCGUUCUCCGCCUCGGGUCGCCGCCGGUAGCCGGCCACCGUCCCCGCCACGACGGAUCGCAAGCUGGCGAGGAGCUCCGAGCGACUAAGGGAUCCACGCAUCCAGCCGCCGGCCGCCAGGCCGCGGCGCCCCGAACCACGGGCGCGGAGCGGGUGUGAGGCUGCAGUGCCUGGGUGGAGCUCGCGUGGUCCCUGCAGCGGCCGCAAUGCCUGCCCCACGCGCCUGACCAUGCAUUCCAGGCUGCUCAAGAGGCUCGCGAAGAGGAUCAUGUGACGGCACCUUGCCGUCGUUUCGACCAUCGCGCGCCUGCGGGACGGGGAAGCAUGCGGAGGAUGGAUGGCUUCAUCUCGUCGUCGUUGGCGCUCGUCGUGCUGGCGCUUCAUCUUAGCGUGGAUGGCUGCUCGGCGGUCAACCUUGAAGGGUCGAUACUGCUCAAAUUCCAGUCAAGAGUGGAGGAGGAUCCGUAUGGCGCCAUGGUAGGCUGGAGCCCGCGCGACAGCGAUCCCUGCAGUUGGAACGGCGUGCGCUGCGUUGAUGGCAGAGUUGUAACGUUAAACCUGAAGGAUCUCUCAUUAAGAGGCACCCUAGGUCCAGAGCUAGGAACUCUUAGCCAUCUGAGGGCUCUUGUACUCUCCAAUAACUUAUUCAGUGGAUCAAUACCUAAGGAAUUGAGUGCUCUUACAAUGUUGGAGAUACUGGAUUUAAGCAACAACAACUUGAGUGGGGAAGUUCCACAAGAGAUUGCAGAAAUGCAAUCACUUAGGCAGUUAUUGCUUUCCAAUAACUGCUUUCAGUGGCCUCUGACCCAACAUUCCUAUGGGAACUACGAUCAGGAAAAUGAUUUCAAUAUUUAUGAUAAUCUUGGGAGGGGUAAUAUGAAUCGAAGAGCUGAGAAUGGGUUGGAAUCUGGUUCUUCUUCACAAGAGAACAAAAAGGACACUAGCAACCUUUCUGGUAAUCCAACUCAACUUCCUUCACAACACGAACCAAGAAAUACAGCAUCACACCUUACCCAGCGCAGGUUACUUCAAGAUAGCAAUCUUGCUGCACCUUCUCCUGCAAAUGCCCUUGUUCCAGCUGCUGUUCCUGUUCCUUCCACUGGAACUGGUUCGUUUUCAGCAUUUAGUCCCAACAAUGCACCUGUACCAGCUGUAAAUUCACCAAGUAGUCCACCGAUGGUCCCCAGAACUACCUCCGAAGAAGAUCAAGAAACAAGGUCCAUCAAAUGGCUUUAUGUCAUUGUACUGCCACUGGUCGCACUUCUUAUGUUUGGCAUCGCAUGUAUGCUUUUGCUAUGCCGCACCAAGUCAGGGACAACAAUAGGUCCAUGGAAGACAGGGCUCAGUGGCCAGCUCCAAAAGGCAUUUGUAACAGGAGUACCAAAGUUGCAACGCUCUGAGCUGGAAGGUGCGUGUGAGGAUUUCAGUAAUAUUGUGGCAAGCUACCCACAAUACACUGUCUACAAGGGAACCUUAUCAAGUGGUGUGGAGAUAGCUGUUGUAUCAACCAUGAUUAUCUCUAGCAAAGAUUGGUCAAAACAUUCGGAAGGGCGAUUCAGGAAGAAGAUAGACUCACUGUCGCGAAUCAAUCAUAAGAAUUAUAUCAAUCUGCUUGGAUACUGUGAGGAGGAAGAGCCUUUCAUGCGGAUGAUGGUGAUGGAAUAUGCUCCCAAUGGAACGCUAUAUGAACACCUCCAUGUCGAGGGAUUUGAUCCUAUUGAUUGGAAUGGUAGGAUGAGGGUAAUUAUGGGAGUCGCAUACUGCACGCUACACAUGCAUGAGCUCAGCCCUCCUAUAACACAUCCAGACAUAAAGUCAAGUGCUAUAUUGCUAUCUGAGGAUGGAGCUGCAAAGAUAGUAGACAUGAGCGUUUGGCAUGAAGUAUAUUCCAGAGAAAACGUGCCCAACGAUGACGACUUAGUUGAUCACCCGGAACGAGUAGCUGCGGAUCCAGCUGGGAACAUCUACAGUUUUGGUCUACUCAUGCUGGAGAUCAUCUCAGGAAAGCCUCCAUAUUCCAAAGAAAAGGGUUCGCUUUUGAACUUGGCUUUGGAGUGCAUUAGGGAUAACCGAAACAUGUCUUGUUUGCUUGAUCCUAACUUGAAGGAUCACAAAGAAAAGGACCUAGAAAUCAUAUGUGAUUUGCUCUAUGAAUGCAUCCAAAGCGAUCCGAAGAAGAGACCAACCAUGAGGGAGGUCACCACUAGAUUGCGAGAAGUACUGUCAAUUUCGCCUGAGGCUGCAACGCCCCGGUUAUCUCCACUCUGGUGGGCAGAGCUUGAGAUCCUUUCAGUUGAAGCAAGCUAGCGAAAAUGUUCUUUGUUUGCAGCAACGAGGUACUUGUGCAUAUUGUAAUGCAACCCUGUACAUCCCUGUUGUAUGUUUUCAUCUUGUGUUGUAACUUUGGUGUCUGCGUGCUACAAUUUUCCCUCCCCAGUGAAUUCAGUUGCCUGGUAUGUUUUCUCAUUUGUUCCUCGCUUUCCCUAUGUAUACUAAACAUACAUGGUGUGAAAGUAGAAAAUAAAAAACGCUUCAUGCCGUCCAAGGGCUGAAUGUAAUCA